GGGGCCUCCGGCGGCGCGGGCCUAGCUCUCACCUCUCCUGGCGGCGGGUGGCGGAAGCCUUGCAGUCGCGGAGGGGAGCGGUGUGUGCCGAGUGGCGCUCGCUAGAGCUACGCGUUAAGAAAAGUAACCAUGGAGAACAAUGAAAACUCAGUGGAUUCAAAAUCCAUUAAAAAUUUUGAACAAAAGACCAUACAUGGAAGCAAAUCAAUGGACUCUGGAAUAUCCUUGGACAAUCGUUACAAAAUGGAUUAUCCUGAAAUGGGUUUAUGUUUAAUCAUUAAUAAUAAGAACUUUCAUAAAAGCACUGGAAUGGCCUAUCGGUCUGGUACAGAUGUAGAUGCAGCAAACCUCAGAGAAAUAUUCAUGAACUUGAAAUAUGAAGUCAGGAAUAAAAAUGACCUUACACGUGAAGAAAUUGUGGAGUUAUUGCACAAUGUUUCUAAAGAAGAUCAUAGCAAAAGGAGCAGCUUUGUUUGUAUAAUUCUAAGCCAUGGUGAUGAAGGAAUAAUAUUUGGAACAAAUGGACCUGUUGACCUGAAAAAAUUAACAAGUUUCUUCAGAGGAGAUUAUUGUAGAAGUCUAACUGGAAAACCCAAACUUUUCAUUAUUCAGGCCUGCCGGGGUACAGAACUAGACUGUGGCAUUGAGACAGACAGUGGCAUUGAUGAUGACAUGGCAUGCCACAAAAUACCAGUAGAGGCCGACUUCUUAUAUGCAUAUUCUACAGCACCAGGUUACUAUUCCUGGCGAAAUUCCAAGGAUGGAUCCUGGUUCAUCCAGUCACUGUGUGCUCUGCUGAAACAAUACGCUCAUAAGCUUGAGUUUAUGCAUAUUCUCACUCGGGUAAACCGGAAGGUAGCAACAGAAUUUGAGUCCUUUUCUCUUGACUCCACUUUUCAUGCAAAGAAACAGAUUCCAUGUAUUGUGUCCAUGCUCACAAAAGAACUAUAUUUUUAUCCCUAAAGAAAUAGUUGAUUUUGUUAGUUUGUAUGCCAAGUGAGACAACAAUAUAAAUAAUACUUUGUUUCCUCUCCCACUUAAAUUUUAUCUAAAGAUGGUACUUUGAAACAUACCACUUCUGCAGUAGAACCACAAUGAAGCUACCUCAAAAUUAGGUAGUUGGACUUGAACUUAAUUAGGAAAUAAAUAUGAAUAAAUAUGAAUAAUGGUGCAAUUAUUAUGAGAGGAAAUUAUUGUAAAUUUACAUUUUUCAUAAUUCACAAGAUUUAGUGAUGCCAUGCUAUGAAUUUUCAAUAAUUUAUGAAGAUUAAAUGUUUCAGUAAUGAUGAAUUUUAAUAUUUUCCUCCACAUACUUAAGACUGUGCAUUCUAGUUUUUGUCAAACUAUAUAAAUGAUGAUGUGGAAUUAUGGACCUUAGAACUUGGGGGAUAUUGGCAUGUUCAAAGGCUUACACCUUUAUUUUAGAAUUGAUAAAUGGAAGUCAGCCAACUGCAUUUUUACAUCAGUUGUCAUAGCUUAUGGUUUUGUGCUAUUUGUUCUGAGCAUGUCUAUUAUAAAAAAAUUAUGUUUACUUGAAGAGAACUAAAUAUUUUAGAGAAAGUAUGAGCAAGCUGAGUUGAUUCUUUUAAGGCUAACUUGCAAUAUUAAUGGACAGACAGAAUCAUAACUCUAAGGUGCUAAGAUCUACCAGCAUAUGUUUCUUCUCAUUUGUUUUUAUGCAAAUCAACUUUACAGACCAACAAAAUGUGUAAAGAACUAAUAUAAAAAAAUUCAAUUGUUGAUUGUUGGGCUAAACAAAGAACUGCUACAGGAACAUAGGAAAUAUGAUGUGUACAAUAAAUAGUGAAAAUAUAAGGAAAGAACAAUAAAUGAUCAGCUGGGCACUCUGUAAUUUGAGAGAAAAUAGUUUGAGCCUAAGAUGUGGGACAGCCUAUUCAAUGUAGGCAGAGCCAUAGACUGGGCU